AUGCUUGGUGAUUUGGAAGUGCGAAUAGUCAUGAAAUCAUCUAGCAGCCACGCCAAUGAAGACAAGAGCCUCUUCAGCAUUAUUGCCGAGAUAUUAGAAGAAAUCCUCGGCGUCAAAAAUUUAGGCACCAAUGACAACAUUGUUUCUCUUGGCCUAUCGUCAAUACAAGUUGCUCGAUUUCUUGGCUUGAUCAAGCAAAAGCUUGGGAACCCGCUAUCAAUCAAAGACAUCUAUGUGAACCAGAAAAUUGGAACUUUGGCAGAGCAUCUGAGUCAAGACAAGGCAAUAAACUAUGGACCUUCUGAGAUCUUGCAACUUGAAGCCGACAGUCAUUUUGCGGACGACAUUGAGCUGAUCCCGAGCUGGUCAUCCGAAGGUCGCGUCUUCCUUACUGGUGCUACCGGAUUUGUCGGUGCUAAUCUCUUGUAUCGCUUGCUCUCCAAGCCAUCCAUGAAGGAGAUAGCAUGCCUCGCUCGGGGUAAUAAACAUCACUCACCUAUGGACCGAAUACAAGAUGCUCUCAAGAAAUACGACCUUUGGAAUGGAGACAUCGCGCAGAAUAUAAGAAAAAUAAUCGUCUUGGAUGGUGAUAUGACACAAGUACGUCUUGGGCUAUCGCAGAGUCAGUAUCAGUGGCUCACUAAUUGGUCACCAGCAGUUUUCCAUGCAGCUGCCAAGGUCAAUUGGUAUGGAAAGAUUAUGCAAACUCCUCAACCAGGCUGGCUUCUCACUCAAGGAAAUCCCGUACUGAGAGUGGCUGGGAAGAUUGCAAGCCAUGGAUGGUCUUGA